CCAACUUCGACCUACGCCUCACACUCGUUCGAGCGGUGUUCUCCCAGGCGACGCGGGACAGUGCCAUAGCGCGCCUCGAACAUGGUCAAGAAGAGGAGACGGUCCUGUAGUACAGACUCGGAAUACUGCUCCGAGUCGGACGAAGAUGAUGAGCUACUUGGACAUAACUCGUCCGUACACGCUGCGCUCGAGGAUGAGCUCCUGGGCCGCGUCAAGUACGAUGACGCGUCUGUGUUCGAGCGGCUGCGCAUCUACGACGAGGACGACGCGGUCAUCGAGCGCUGCCAUGAACGGUACCAAGUUAAGCAGGCUCGGGACCUCCACAGACUCCUCGAAAUCGGUCGCGAAAGCGAAAUUCCUCCCAGAAACGUUGGCGAAAGCGAUGCAGAGAAGGUGGAACGCAGGCGCAUAGAGACAUCCGUGGAAGAGCGGAUGCAUGACCCCUUGCAUCGCGUGCUCACUUUCCUCACAAAUCUUGACGGCCACGACGGGCCACGACGCCGGUUCGUCGACUCAGGGAAAAGCCCGCUCUCUACUCCGAGUGCAACAGCGGAAGCCUAUCUCCCUAGCCUCCCGGACGAUCACCCCGACUUCUACCUCCUCAACGACGGUCGACAGACGCAUCCAUGGGACAGUCGCGUAGGGUUCGCCAUGAUUAGGGGCGACGCGGACGAGGGCUCCCCUCCCGUGGAUGGCAGCGCGACGGUCAAGUCGGCCGUGCUGCAGUGCGCGGACUACGCGCACGUACACCUUGCCUGCCACCCGUUCUCGUUGUUCAGUGUCGCGCUCUUAAUUACGGGGACAGACUUUCGAGUGGUGAUCGUUGAUCACGCUGGCGUCCUGCUCUCUCCGCUGCAUAGCAUCGUCGAUGAUAACCGAGGUGGGACGGCCGGCCAGCCCGACGCAAGGACGUUCGUACGGGUCGUCCGCGCGUUGGCUCAUCUGUUGGGCGAGAGGGAGUUGGGACGAGGCCCUUCCGUCACGCCGGUUUCCCGCCAGGAGUUGGCGGAGUGCGUGCGAGGUUCCUCUAUCCCCGACGAGCUCAGCCGGAAGAUAUUGGCCCAGGACGACACUUGCUAUCCCUCAUAUCUCGUCCCCCUUCACGGACCAGAGACGGACGUGGUGCACAGUGGGAGCCCCGAUCUGGGUCUCCGCGGCGCUGAUCGGGCGAGCGACGACGGCGAUUUGCACGUCCUCAAGUCGUCGUGGCGUGAUCCGCGGCGGCGACCAUCCGAAGCGGAUGUGUAUAGGCUGGUCGGCGGGUUCGAGGACUGCCCGCCGGGCGUGGCGGGAUUAAUGUCUGGCGGCGACGUCCUGUAUGAGGAUGGCUCGACGUUGCGCAAGCUGUCUACAGCAAAAGUACGCGGGGAUCCCGAGGACGAGGACCCGAGGGUCCUCCACCGGAUCCUCCUGCGUGCAUUCUAUGCGAUCGUCGAGGUUCACGAGUACUUAUGCGAGAAAGGAAUCCUUCACGGUGACAUCAGUCCAGGGAACCUGUUGCUCUGGACAGGUCCCUCCGCGAAGGCCUUUGGAUUUCUGUCCGAUUUCGACAGGGCCUACGUCAACAAUAAUGCGCGUGGUCAUCUAGACCGUGAAAACAGUGCCAAGCUGAGGCAGAAGGCCGUCGGGGCAGGGAGCGAUGCUAUCGCGACGCUGCCCGCUGUCCACGCGCACAUGAGACCUACGGAGACAAAACCUCGUGGUGUAGCCAUAACAGGGACACUUCAUUUCAUGGCUCUUGAGCUGUUGAAAACCCGGAGUCUACUCAAGCAUACAGUUGCCCAUGACCUUGAGUCAAUUGGCUACGUCUUGGGGUAUUCUGUACUGCGACGGCUCCUGACUGUUCCAGGUUGCCCGAAAAGCCUCAGAACACAGUACAGAGAAGUAUUUGGUGCCAUGUCAAUAAAGGACAUCAUACUGCAGCGCAAAGACAGGCAGCCGCUGUCAUGGGCCAUGGAGAUGGGAGAUUAAGGAACAGAUGCUUUUCUUGAACAGCAUGUCUCUGAGAUUGUUGCUGAGACAAUGAGGUCCUUGGAACAUGCAAUUAUGGGAGCUCAUGAAGGGUUGAAGGAUGCUAACCUAGCAAGAAGAUAUCAUCCUACAGAAGCCUCUCAAGCCAACAGACAAACAGAUUGUAAUCAUACAUCCUUUCUGGAUGCUUUACAGAAGGGCAUCAGGACACUUGAAAAAUCCCCAGC